AAGCAAGCCCCUGAACGGGAGAAUCAGCACUCUAGCCGCCUGCAGCCCCAACCUGGGAAGAAGAUGCUAAUUAAAGUGAAGACGCUGACUGGAAAGGAGAUUGAGAUUGACAUUGAACCCACAGACAAGGUGGAGCGAAUCAAGGAGCCUGUGGAAGAGAAAGAGGGAAUUCCCCCACAACAGCAGCGGCUCAUCUACAGUGGCCAACAAAUGAAUAAGAAGACGGCAGCUGAUUACAAGAUUCUAGGUGGUUCCGUCCUCCACCCGGUGUUGGCUCUUAGAGGAGGCGGUGGUCUCGGGCAAUGAUGAACCUUGGUUCCAUUUUACGUCCUCUCCCUGUCGCUCAUAAUGAAGCAUCACGUAUCCUCUCACUCUCUGGGACACCAGAACUACUGCCCCCUCCCUCGGAUGCCCAAUCUUGUGUGUCUACUGGUGGGAGAAUGUGAGGCCCUCAGAGUGCAGUGUUCCUGGCCCAAAUGGCCCUUACUGGCUGUUGGGUUUUAGUUUGCAGUCCUGUGUGCUUCCCUCUCUUAUGGCUGUGCCCUUGGUUGUCAAUAAAGUAUUUCCUGGC